CCCCGCCGCCGCUCCUCUCGGCUGCGCUUCCGUUCCGGAUCCCCCGCGUCGCCCCUCACCAAACAUGACUCGCGAUUUCAAACCUGGAGACCUCAUCUUCGCCAAGAUGAAAGGCUAUCCCCAUUGGCCAGCUCGAGUAGAUGAAGUUCCUGAUGGAGCUGUGAAACCACCAACAAACAAACUGCCCAUUUUUUUCUUUGGGACUCACGAGACUGCUUUUUUAGGCCCAAAGGAUAUAUUCCCUUACUCAGAAAAUAAGGAAAAGUAUGGAAAACCAAAUAAACGAAAAGGCUUUAAUGAAGGCUUAUGGGAGAUUGACAACAAUCCGAAAGUGAAAUUUUCAAGUCAACAGGCAUCAGCUAAACAAUCAAAUGCAUCAUCUGAUGUUGAGGCUGAAGAAAAAGAAAUGAGUGUUUCAAAGGAAGAUACUGACCAUGAAGAAAAAGCCAGCAAUGAGGAUGUGACUAAAGCAAUUGACAUAACCACUCCAAAAGCUGCCAGAAGGGGAAGAAAGAGAAAGGCAGAAAAGCAAGUAGAAACUGAGGAGGCAGGAGUAGUGACAACAGCAACAGCAUCUGCUAAUCUAAAAGUGAGUCCUAAAAGAGGACGGCCUGCAGCUACAGAAGCCAAGAUUCCAAAACCAAGAGGCAGACCCAAAAUGGUAAAACAGACCUGUCCUUCAGAGAGUGACAUGGUAACUGAAGAAGACAAAAGUAAGAAAAAGGGGCAAGAGGAAAAACAACCUAAAAAGCAGCUUAAAAAGGAUGAAGAGGGCCAGAAGGAAGAAGAUAAGCCAAGAAAAGAGCCAGACAAAAAAGAGGGGAAGAAGGAACUUGAAUCUAAAAGGAAAAAUUUAGCUAAAACGGGGGUUACGUCAACCUCUGAUUCUGAAGAGGAAGGAGAUGAUCAAGAAGGUGAAAAGAAGAGAAAAGGUGGAAGGAACUUUCAGACUGCUCAUAGGAGGAAUAUGCUGAAAGGCCAACAUGAGAAAGAAGCAGCAGAUAGAAAACGCAAGCAAGAGGAACAAAUGGAAACUGAGCAGCAGAAUAAAGAUGAAGGAAAGAAGCCAGAAGUUAAGAAAGUGGAGAAGAAGCGAGAAACAUCAAUGGAUUCUCGACUUCAAAGGAUACAUGCUGAAAUAAAAAAUUCACUCAAAAUUGAUAAUCUUGAUGUGGACAGAUGUAUUGAGGCCUUGGAUGAACUAGCUUCACUUCAGGUCACAAUGCAACAAGCUCAGAAACACACAGAGAUGAUUACAACACUGAAAAAAAUACGACGAUUCAAAGUGAGUCAGAUUAUCAUGGAAAAAUCUACCAUGUUGUAUAACAAGUUUAAGAACAUGUUUUUGGUUGGUGAAGGAGAUUCAGUGAUCACACAGGUGCUGAAUAAAUCUCUUGCCGAACAAAGACAGCAUGAGGAAGCUAAUAAAACCAAAGAUCAAGGAAAGAAAGGGCCAAACAAAAAGCUAGAAAAGGAACAAACAGGUUCAAAGACUCUAAAUGGAGGAUCUGAUGCUCAAGACAGUAAUCAACCACAACACAAUGGCGAUAGCAAUGAAGAAAGCAAAGAUGAGACCAGCAGUAAGAAAAAGCCAUCCAGUGAAGAGAGAGAGACUGAAAUAUCUCUGAAGGAUUCUGCGCUAGAUAACUAGGUUGACAUACCUGGAAUAUAAAGAACAUUUGAGAAGUUUGUAAUGGUUUUCAUUAGAAGUAUUUAGACUGUUGAAAGUUUUACAUUUUUAUAAACAUAGGUUUUGAUGUUUAAAACUUGUUUUAGGGAAGAAAUUCAUUAAUCUUUGUUUAAAAGUAAUUAAACAUUGCUUAAUUGUACUUGUGCAGUAUUAACAGCUCCAUUAUACAGUAAAUGUGAGGGAAAAGUCAUUUAGGAAAUUUUGAGCUGCUUUUUAAGACAUUGGUUGUAGCAUAUUUUCAAUUAGUGUAUGUAUGUUAAUGUGUAAUUGAUAGUGGAAAAAAAUUACAUUUUUAAAACUUCUUGUAUAAAACUUCCUCUUUUCCCCAAUACUGUGGGUUUUGUGCAUAGUUUUUACAAACUUGGAUUUACCAGACUGUCUUUUAACUGUUUGUGGUUUUUGUAGGUUACACAUUUUUAUGGUAGAUAAAAUGUUAGUUCUAUAUAAUUACUCCCUGCCAACUAAAAUUAAUCUCAGUCUACAUUGUGCUAUAUUAUCUGCUGCUUUGUAACAAUGUGUCAUCUGUAUGCCUUUUUGUAAGAAAACUACAUUAUCAACUGACAUUGAACUAACAAUUCCACAAGGUACAAAACUCAUGUUAACUUUAUAAAGUAAUUUAAUAUUGUGGCUGGCAAUUUUGCAGUCCCAUGACUUUCCUGACAAAGCAGAAUGGCUGUAUAUAGGAAUGAAUCUGCCUCUAGGGUUCAGCCAUCUAAUAAGAUCCUUUACAUGAACUGUAUAGCUGAAACUGAAAACUAAAUAAGUUUAUUUUUGAAACAUUUCUGAAAUUUUUUUUAAAAGUCACCCAUUAAAGUCACUGAGUAUUUUUUUAAUUGGAAAACAAUCCAUGAUGCUUAUACAGUAAAUGAUAUAUAAGGAAACUAACCUAUUUGAAAAUGGCCAUAUCAAAAAGAAUUUUAUUUCUAGAUCAUACAUGUGACAGGAUUGCAAAAAUUGGAAAUAUUCAUUGCUUUGAGGCAGCAGACAAAGGAGUGGUGUUAGGCUUUUAUUAUAGUCUGAACAUUCACUUAUAUGGAAUAAAUCAGGGUGAACCAAGUAACCCAAAAGACUUAAGGCUAACUUUUAACAGAUAGUAUUUCUAAGAUCAUUUGAUGAGGUCAGUUGGUUUUUAGUAGUUAAAACACUUGUUUUGAAACUAUGAAUAUGGAGAAAAGGCUUUUAAUGCUUAAGUGUUUGCAUGUGGCAUACAUUGUAUGUUUUGACUGCUCAGAUAAUUUUGUUUUCAUCAAUUGAUGAAAAGUUUAAUUAUUUCAGUAGUUGGAAUUUUAAUUUUGAGAGGUCUUAAAAUGGAAGCAAGGAUUCGGUGUGUUUUGAGGGAAUUUUUGCUAUUACGUAUAUUUGUUUGAUCCUUAGCACUAUUAAGAUUUGGACAGAUUAUUCUAGUAAAGCCAUAAGUGUUAACAUGUAAACUUCUUUUGAUUAAAGAAUUUUUUUUUUUUAACAAACUGUACUAGUAAGUUACUUCUGUGCUAUGUAUAAAAAUGUGUUGGAAUUCUGGAUUUGCUUCCAAGGGAGUAAUUUCUUUGUGUCAUCACAGAUAUCGUGUUGUUUGGAGAAACAGGGAAACUAAUAAGCUCAAAAUGUCAAAAAUAAAGGUAAUGUUAUUUUUGGUUCA